AUGGUGGCUCCCAAUGUCCUAAUCACCAUCCUCCCCGGGGAGUACUCCCUCAUCCACUUCCCGCCCAUGCUCUACGCCCACUUUCUGCACCCCGUCCUCCAGGCCCUCCUCCCUCAGUCGCAGACCAUCAGCCCUGACGAUGCGCGCGAGACGCCGCCCUGGCCACAGCACAGCCUGCCCGGCCUCACAGAAGACCACCAGCACAACUUUCUCAACGUCAGCGUGACGCCCCUCGAGGCCUCGGUCGUCUGCCACGCCGACUGGGCGCGCACCGUGUUCCGGCCCGCCAUUGACCGUAUCCUCGAAACGCUGCCGUCGCACGUGCGCAAGCCCGCCUUCCUGUCGCCCGACACCUAUCUCGUCCUCUCCGUCAUUAGCGGCGGCGGCGGAGGCGCCGACACGGACAUUGUCGCCCGCAUCCUCGAUCUCACGGCGCCCCUCGCCCUCGCCGGCAUCCCCAUCUUCUUCAUCUCCACCUACUACAGCGACUUCAUCCUCGUGCCCGCCAAGGACCGCGCCACCGUCCUCGCCGCCCUGACGGCCCGCGGCUUCCAGUGCCCCGCCGACCACGGCAACCGCUUCGUGGCCUCGCGACCGGGGGGCUCGGGCUCUGGUCUCGCCGCUAGCUCGACGGCGACGCCCGAGUCGCCGGCCUCUGCCGACGCCGCCACGCUCGCGACCCUCUUCGACAGGACGUUCGCCCAGCUCAAGACACGCAACGUCGUGCCCUCGGUCGACCCGACGCUGCGCCUCGUCCAGCUCUCGGCGCGCGAGACACCGCUGCCGAGCCACGGCUCGCCGACGUCCUUCUCGCGGCCGGGCCUGGGUUCGCGCCAGACGACGUCGUCGACAUCGUCGCGGCGCGCGCCACCGCCCACCUGGCUCGACACGUCCGACGCGCGGCUCUAUGCGUCCGUCGUGUCGGCGCUCGUGGCGCGCCCCCGCUUCUUCAGCCUGACGCUCGCCGUCGACGACCCGCCGAGUCUGCUGCUCGAUCGGGCGCUCGUGCCGCUGUUUGGGGACACGCUCGUGGGCUCGGCCGACGAAGGAGCUCGUGGGCCGUCUCGCUCGACCUCGCCGGGGCUGCCGCUCGAGGCGACGGGGCAUCUGUGUGCGGCGUGGCGGGCCCGGCUUCGUGCAGUAUCCCUGUCAAUUGGGUUGCGGGCCAUGGGCUGUCGUGUCGGACGGCGGUUUGCGGGAAACGGUGGUGCUGGCGCCUGA